AUGUUGCCGUUGUCGCUGCUCAAAACGGCGCAAGGCCAUCCCAUGCUGGUAGAGCUGAAGAAUGGCGAGACGUACAACGGGCAUCUGGUGAGCUGUGACACGUGGAUGAACAUCCACCUGCGCGAGGUCAUCUGCACCUCCAAGGACGGCGACCGCUUCUGGCGCAUGCCGCAGUGCUACGUGCGCGGCAACACCAUCAAGUACCUGCGCGUGCCUGAUGAGGUGAUCGACAAAGUACAAGAGGAGGUCAUCAGAAGACAAGUCAUGCAAUGCUGUCAUGCCAUGCUGUCAUGCCAUACUGUCAUGCCAUGCUGUCAUGCCAUGCUUGCCGCCUCGCCUCUCUACCCCCCUCGUUUCCGCACCCCCUCUCUCCCUACCCCCUUCGCUCCCUGCCCCCCCACUCUCGCUACCCCCCUCUAUCUGUGA